AUGGACGUAGAUAUUUCUUCCCGAAGUAUUCUUCUCCUUGUCUUGCUCCGCGGUUAUUUAUUUAUUUAUUUAUCCCCCCCCCCCCCACGAAACACGUUUUUUUUCUUUACCUCAAGAACGAUAUGCUCUGAAGCGCAUUAUCACCUCCUCUAUCUUUUAUUCAUUUAUUUAUUCUUUCUUUCUUUCUUCUUUUUUUCUCUUCUUCUUCCCCUUAUUUUUGUCAAUUUCCUUUCUUUUUGUCUCUCUUUUUUAUUUCUCUCCUUUUUCUUUCUCGCCUUAUUCUUUUCUCUCUCCCUCUCUAGUUUCUACUUUCUCUCUCUCUCGUUUCUACUUUCUCUCUCUUGUUUCUACUUUCUCUCUCUUUUGUUUCUACUUUCUCUCUCUCUCGUUUCUACUUUCUCUCUCUCUCUCUCUCUCUCUUCUACUUUCUCUCUGUCUCUCUUCUACUUUCUUUCUCUCUCUUCUACUCUCUCUCUCUUCUCCUUUCUCUCUGUCUCUUUUUAUCCACUUUAUAUCUAUUUCGGCCAUCGCUCUGUCUCGCUGCAUGUAGACCCAACCUGUUUCUUUUUCUGCUGUUUUCUUUCAUAUUUUUUUUUUCUUUUCGAGAAUUCCCUCUCCACCGUCACAACCGCCACGACCGACCUGCACCAUCUUCCUUCCGUUCACACGUCAAUAUUCUUUCGAUCACUUGAGUUUAGCCACCUCUGCCACUUCCCUGACUUAGGGAUUUCCUCAAUAUUCAGUCACCACACCGAUACCUACAAUACUUACUCUCUUUUCAUUUUUCUAUCGAGAUGGACAAAAAUUUCUUUGUCUCUGACAGUUUCUUCUUUUCUUUCUCCUUUCUUUUUUCUUUUUUUUUAUAUGAUCUCUCUUUUUAUCUUCAUUCUCCACUCUCUUUAUCUUUUAUUUAACUACACCCAUUCGAUUAACGGUCUCCUCUCCUCCUAUUUUUGCUUUUGCCUCAAUCUUUCAUGCUUUCACUUUUUCUUUCUUUCCUCCAUUUUAAAAUUUCUCUUCUUUACUACAUUUAUUCCUCUCCAUUCUUUUAUUCCUCUCCAUUCUUUUAUUCCUCUCCAUUCUUUUAUUCCUCUCCAUUCUUUUAUUCCUCUCCAUUCUUUUAUUCCUCUCCAUUCUUUUAUUCCUCUCUAUUCUCUUCACUCUAAAUGUCUCACUCUCAUUUACACUCGUACAAUGUCCUCAUUAAUUCUCAUUCACUCAACUCUCUCUAAUAAUUUAUUUUCACUCACCCUUUCUCUCCCCUCUCUCUAUCGUCUCCUUAAUUUUACUCCCCCCUGCCCAUCUACUUAA